CUGACCGAAAGAACGAACGAGGAAACAUAAAUAAAAUGAGGAAUUCACUGAAUAUGAUGAAAAUACCACGAAUUGAAAGCACAUUAUAUAACUAACUGUCUAAUACUAUCUCAUAUGGAAUAGUGAAAUUGCAUAAUAGUAAUAUGACAAGAUAAAACGAGAUGGAAAGUGGAUAUAAUUUACUAUAUGUAGUCGCAAAGCAAUUGUCAGCCACAAUAUUCCACACCAAAUAAAUCUACAUUCAUACACUACGGUCGGUGUGGAACCGGUUCAACAGAAUUCAAAUUUAGGAACCAUCAGAACAGUCGGAACAACCAAAACAUGAAAUCAAAAUCCCUAAAUUCUAAGCAUAAGGCCCUAAUUUCGUAGAAGAUCCCAAAAUCAUAUGAAAUAUGAACAGACGAAGAGAAGGUGAAGUUAAAUCAAAGAAGACAUUGAUAACUUACCGUACUGACAAAGACCGGAGAGGAAUCGGUUUGAUGAAGUUGGGGAGAAGCGUCUCUAACUAACCGUCUCUGCAAAGUAAACGCCUUCUGUUUCGAAUGAUAGUGGAAACAGAGAGAAGAGCACAACUAGAAUUACAGUGAGAAGGGGAUGGAGAAGAUGUUGUGAUCUACCAGAAGCGAGAAUGUGUAGCAAAUCAGAAGAUGUGAAUAAUAGUAAGCCACGAUUUACUUUUGUGGAUCUAAUAAUUUAUUUAUUUCUUUUGCAAGUUACACUGGUUGAAGGGGAGGGUAAUACAGUAUUAAUAUGUAUAUGUGACGCCGUGUAUCGAACUGUUAGGUAAAUUGAGUAGUGGAUGAAUAUUGGUUUUUUUCAUGCUUAUAGGCCCCAAUUCCCGUUUAUUUAAUAUAUAAGUGUUUGUGUUCAAAGAAAAAAAACAUAAUCACUUAAAAUGAAUAACAAAUAGUGGUCUAUAUAUGGUAAUCACAACGACUGGUUACAAGGUGACUGACUGACUGCACUCAACUCGAGUCACUUCACUCGAUAGAAGAAAAAGUCUCGAAACAUAAUACUUAUAGUAGGAUAAGAAAAAAGCAAACGCCAGAGAACUUUUCUGAAUCAAAAAACGUUUUAACGCUUAAAAAAUGCCACUACUAGAAGAGAAGACAGAUACAUACAAAAUAAAAGCCAACUUGGCUUGACUUAAGCAGAGGAUUGAAACAGUCAUGGGUUUUAAAUAUAAACCAAGAGAUGUAGCAAUAAGUAAAAAAAGAUGAAAACAUCGAAUCCGAAUAAUCACAGAGUUGUAAUCCGUUAAUUCACAUAUAUCUCCACCCGACAUUUGCUGAUGACGCGUUUAGUGUGUGGCACGUAUAAGGGUGUUUGUUAGCUACGCCAUAACGUGCGACCACUUUGGUCUUUGACUGGCCCUCAAGUUACCAAGUCUUGAAACAUGACAAUUCACUAUAUAUGUGAACAUAUGUUAAGAGAUUUCAAAAUUGAUGUCUUUCCAAUCCACGUUUUUCACUUCAUGAUUUGAAUGGCAAUUAGCCACUUAGCCAUACUGUACCCCAACCCAAAAUACAAAAAACUUCUAAAUCAAAUUGUAUGGGUGAAAUAGCUUAAGUUGAAACCCACGUAUCUUUUAUUUAUACCACCAACCUUCCCUCUCAUUUUUCUUAAACCAAAAUAAAUCUUCUUCAAAAAGUUUUCAUAAAGACCAUGUCUGAAUCACUUAUGCACUUGCAUUUUCUCUCGCUAAUCUUGCUCUGCUGUGUCUUCCCUUCAAGAUCCUUCGAUUUACAUAUCGAUAAUAGUACUUAUGUUGCUUGUGGUCCCCAUCAGUCUCAAGCUCUCGCUGAUUUCAUGAACGAGUUUGAUAGCAGCCACUGCAACCUCACUGAUCCCUAUAAUGGAGUCUGGUGCGAUAACUCGACUGGUGUGGUCACAAAGCUACAACUCAGAGAAUGCCUCAGUGGAAACCUUAAGCCCAACAGUAGCCUAUUCAGGUUACACCAUCUUCGUUAUCUCAGCCUCCGUCAUAACAAAUUCAUUUCAUCUUCAAUUCCUUCGGAAUUUGGCAAUCUCAACAGGUUAGAGGUCUUAUCUCUUAAGAAUAAUGGGUUCGUUGGACAAGUACCUUCCUCAUUUAAUAACCUCAGCCUUCUUUCCGUUUUAAGGCUUUCCCGAAAUAAACUCACUGGUAGUUUCUCACUUGUACGGAAUCUAACAAAGCUCUCGUACUUAGCGCUUUCUCAUAACCAGCUCUCUGGAACCCUUCCUUCUUCUCUCCUCACUAUGCCAUCCUUAAAGUAUCUUAAUCUGCAUGGAAACGACCUCACUGGUUCUAUUGAAUUUGAUAACUCAUCUACCACAUUUAGUCUCCAACACAUGAACCUUGGGAAUAACCAUUUUGAAGGAAAAAUCAUAGAGCCUAUCUCGAAGCUCAUCAACCUAAAACAUCUAGACCUUUCUUUCCUAAACACAAGCUCCCCAUUUGACCUAAGACUCUUCUCCUCACUAAAGUCUUUGUUGUACCUCGAUCUUUCCGGUAAUAGUAUAUCUCCAGCAAGUUUAGAUACAAAUUUAUACAACAUCCCAACAAACUUGGAGGUAUUGUUCUUAUCCGUCUGCGGAAUCACCAAGUUCCCAAAUAUCUUAAAGAUCCUUGAGAAUUUGGAGGUAAUAGACAUGUCCAACAAUAGAAUCAAAGGGAAAGUACCCAAGUGGUUAUGGAACCUUCCUCGUCUGACUACAGUGUUUGUCCCAAAUAAUUCGAUUAAUAGUUUCGAAGGUCCAGUGGAAGUUUUGGUAAAUUCAUCGGUGAAGAAUUUAAGUCUGAGGAGAAACUGUUUUGAAGGAGAAAUUCCUAUUCUACCACUCUCUAUCAACUUCUUUGCUGCAUCAAAAAACAGAUUCUCAGGGAGCAUACCUCUCUCAAUCUGCAAUUAUAGGUCUCUGACGUAUUUGAGGCUAGGUUACAACAACCUCACGGGUCCAAUUCCUCAAUGCUUGAGUAACUUGACGCUUCUGAAUAUCCGGAAGAACAACUUGGAAGGAAGUAUUCCUGACGCCUUUCAUAUGGGUGCUUCUCUACGGACACUUGACGUUGGACACAAUCGACUAACCGGGAAACUUCCAAGAUCUCUUCUAAAUUGCUCAUCUCUAGAGUUUCUAGUUGCUGACCACAACAUGAUUGAAGAUACAUUUCCUUUUUGGCUCAAGGCUUUACUAAAUUUGCAAGUCCUUAUCCUUAGUUCAAACAAAUUCUAUGGAUCUAUAUCUCCUACUGGUCAAGGUCCUCUCGGAUUUCCAGAGCUGCGUAUAUUUGAGAUAUCUGAUAAUAAGUUUACUGGAUGCUUGCCACCAAGAUACUUUGUGGAUUGGAAAGCAUCGUCACUUACGAUGAAUGAAGAUGGUGGUCUAUAUAUGGUACACAGUGGUAGUAUAUACGAAGAGACAUCAUUCUAUAACAUUAUUGAUAUUAUAGAUUUGCGAUACAAAGGUCUAUCAAUGGAGCACCAGUGGGCCCUUACCUUAUACGCCACCAUUGAUUUUUCUGAGAAUAGAAUUGAAGGACAGAUUCCUGAAUCAAUUGGUCUUCUGAAAGCAUUGAUUUCACUCAACUUAUCAAACAACGCCUUCACAGGCCAUAUUCCACUGUCUUUCUCCAAUCUGCGAAAGCUCGAGUCACUAGACCUAUCAAGCAACCAACUCUCAGGGACUAUUCCUAGUGGACUUGGAAGCCUCUCGUUUUUGGCGUAUAUAAAUGUGUCUCACAACCAACUCAAAGGAGAAUACCACAAGGAACACAAAUUACUGGGCAAGCUAAAUCUUCAUUCGAAGGGAAUGCAGGGCUUUGUAGUCUUCCUCUCCAGGAAACUUGCUUUGGGACUGAUGCACCACCGACACAACAGCCUAAGGAAGAAGACCAAGAAGAGGAACAAGUGCUGAAUUGGAAAGGUGUAGUUACUGGAU